CCCUGGGGUGUGCUCCUGUGGCGCUCGUCAUGGCGCCCCUGGCACGCCUGCCUGAUACGGCGGGCGACGGCAUGAGCGGUGCGCCUGCUCCGUCUGUUGUCGCACGACGUUGCUGGCACGCGGCCUGCCUAUAAGAGGUGCCCCUCCGAGCUGCCUCGUCUCUCAUUCCCACAUCCUCUCUCUCCCACCCGCUCCUCUCCAACCCGGACCCACCUCCCACCCUCCGCCACUCGUUGCCCUCCAUGGUCCGCAUCUUCUCCUUCGCGGCCGUUGCCGUGCUCUUCGCCUCGUCGGCCGCCGCCGCCGCCACGGGCCGCGGCAAGUGCGGCACGACGCUCACGCUCCCCUCCGAGCUCGAGAGCAAGGCUGCCGAGGUCGUCAAGACGCACAAGCUCAAGAUUGCCUCGAUGCCCUCGGGCAGCCGCGCCGCCUCGCGCUCCGUGCCCGUCAACUGGCACGUCAUCGACGACGGCAGCAAGGGCAAGCUCACGUCGGCGCAGAUCGCCGAGCAGCUGCGCGUCCUGAACCUGUCGUACUCGAACGCCAGCAUGCCCUUCACCUUCACCCUCGCCAAGACGACGCGUACGACGAACAGCGACUGGUUCUACAACGCCUUCGGCGGCACCUCGCAGGAGUCUGCCAUGAAGAGCGCCCUCCGCUCGGGCGGCGCCGGCACGCUCAACCUGUACUCGGUCGACCUCUCGGCGCAGGGCCUGCUUGGCUACGCCACGUUCCCCAGCUCCUACUCGAGCGCUCCCAGCAAGGAUGGUGUGGUCUUUGAAUACAGAUCGAUCCCGGGCGGCUCUCUCGCACCCUACAACCUCGGCGCGACGCUCACGCACGAGGUGGGCCACUGGGUCGGCCUCUACCACACGUUCCAGGGCGGCUGCAGCGGCAACGGCGAUUUCGUUUCGGACACGCCUGCUGAGGCCUCGCCGGCGUCGGGCUGCCCCAAGGGCCGCGACACGUGCUCGGGCGGCGGCCUCGACCCCGUGAACAACUUCAUGGACUACUCCGACGACGCUUGCAUGUACGCCUUCAGCUCCGGACAGGCGACUCGCGCCGCUGCGCUCUGCAACCAGUACCGCGCAUCGGUCUAAGAGACGGGCAUCCAUCGCUCCUCCUCGACUCCUCGCACCCCCCAUCCGCCUCCCGCCGCCACGGCCGGUCGCAGGCUCCCUUCCUGAUGAUUGAUAAUGACAGCGCCAU